AUGAUCCUGAGUCAGAACACCAGCAGCAGCAGCAGCAGCAGCAUCACGGACCUGGUGGCCUCUCUCUGCGACCGCUGUCUGUCCGGCGUGUCCUGGAAGAGGCGAGCUCUGGGGGGAAUCUCCAGAGAGAACUUCCACAGAACCCUGAAGAAGCGCGCCUAUGGAUCUCUGCUAUCUACACUGUUCCAGGACCGCAGUAAAGUCACUUCUGCCCCAAACCCGGCCAAUCCAACCCCUCCGAGAAACAAGCUGCUGAUGAUCUGCUUUGACCUGCGGGUGGCGGGAUGCAGAGAAGAGGCCGAGCGCUUGGAGGAGCUGCUGGAGAAGCUGCCACAGGGAGAGGAUUCAGGUCUGACGGAGGUGGACUCUGUGAUCGAGCUGCUGGUGCGUCUGGCUGGUUCCUCGCCGCCUCCCGCCGCCACGUUCAGCCAGAACUACAUGAGGAGAGAGCGGGCCGUGGUGCGAGAGCCUCAGCCCUGGAGCUACCAGAGCGAGGAGCUGCAGCGGCUGGAGGCCAGGGCCUGGGGGCUCAUCUGUGCGGAGGAGUGGGGGACACUGGAGACUCUGUGGGGGACGCAGAGUCUGAUGGACGCUCCUCCAGGCUCCGGGCUCCUCGCGCUGAGGAGCAGGACGCAGACGGAGGAGAAGUUUGAGAAGGAGAGCAGGCUGUCUCUGUUCGGGGCUCUUCAGCACACUCGCUCCUCGGACAUGGAGCUCAGGCUGGAGGUGCCGCCUGUGCCCAGCAACAUCGACGUGACCGGACUGGCCAUCAAGGUUCCUCUUUCUUUAGACCCCUCUGAGGACGAGGGCUUCCAGUCUUCCUCCAACAUGACCCCAGACUCUCAGUCCGAGUCCAGUCCGGUCCCGGAGCUGGACGUGUGGGAGGCUCUACUCACGUUUGAACCAGGCCGCCGCCGCUGCUGGGAGUCCGUGGGCUGUCCUCCGGGGAAUCGCGAGGCCCUGUUUGUGACGGAGUCUGGCAGAGAGGCGUUCGAUCAGCUGUACCGUCUGUGGGAGGGGGGUGUGAGGCUGGUGAGCGAGACCCCCUCCUCUCUGCUCCCUCUGGUCCCUCUGCCUCAGGACACACAACCACAGCUGGUGACAGACCUGCUCAACGUGCUCAUCGGAGUCGCCUCCACCACCUUCCCUCUCAACCAGAGCCAGGAUUUCACCGUGCGCUCCGGUGUGUGUGUCUCUGGAGCUUCCACAGAGAGCGUGUCUCGGCUGCUGCAGGAGCUCGCUCAGUACGGAACCCACUACCUGCGUCUGAGCGAUUUCUCUCUGCAGAAGACCGACAAGAAGGGGCUGGUCUUUCAGGCGUUUACAGGAGGUCUGAGGAAGUACCUGCAUUAUUACAGAGCCUGUGUCCUCAGCACGCCGCCCACCCUCAGCCUCCUCACCAUCGGCUUCCUCUUCCGCAAAGUGGGACACCAGCUCAGAUACCUGUCAGAGCUGUGCUGUGUGGACGGAGCGCUGGGAGAGCGCCAGAACACUUUCCCUGUGGGUGUGAAGCUGCUGUCAUAUCUGUACAAUGAAGCCCAGAAUAACUGCAGUAAUGAGAACUAUCCUGUUCUACUGUCUCUGCUGAAGAGGAGCUGUGCACCUUAUACACGGUUUGUGUCCGACUGGGUCUACAGCGGCGUGUUUCGAGAUGUUUAUGGAGAAUUCAUGAUCCAGGUCAACGAGGAGCAUCUGGGCUUUAGAGAUAAGAACUACUGGGUCCAGGGCUACACUCUGAUCUCCAAAGACGUGGAGGACUGUGUUCCCAUCUUCCUGAGACACAUCGCUAACGACGUGUACGUGUGCGGGAAGACCAUCAACCUGCUGAAGAUCUGCUGCCCACAGCACUACAUCUGCUGCUCGGAGCUUCCUGUUCCUCGUAUCGCCGUCACCUUCUCGCUGCAGGAAGUGGAGCAGAUCGAGAGAGACUGCGCCGUGUACCGAGGACGAAUGCAGCGCAUUGCCAAACACAGCGCCAUCAGCAGGGAGGAGCAGACGCUGAGGACUGAACGAGCGCGCCAAGAACUCAUCAACCAGGUCCGCGAAACGGCCGCCAAGACUCUGGAGAAAAUACGCGGGCGCCAGGUGUCACAGCGUCUGGCGGAGGAGGCCAAGAAGAGGGAGCGCUUUGAGGAGCUAAAGCAGCACUUGGAGCAGGAGCAGGAGUGGCGAACGGCAGCGAGGAAGCGGCAGGAGGAAGAUGAUUUCAGUUUUGCUCGAGAGCUGAGAGACCGAGAGAAGAGACUGCAGGCCCUCGAGGAGCAACUGGAGCAACAAGCCAGGAAGGAGCUGAUCGCGCAGUACUGCCGUCUGUCAGAGGAGGCAGCACUGAGGGAGAGGAAGGCGCUGUGGCGAGUGCAGAGGAACAAGCUCCACCUGCAACGGACCACGUUCUUAACUAAAGACCAGCAGCAGAUACAGGAGGUACUGGAGAAGUAUCCUCUGGGCAAAGCGAGGCCCCCUGUGGAGCUGUUCCCUUCGUUUUCAGCCCCAACAGCAGCAACAGAGAAACCUCCAAUGGAAGAACAACAUGAUCAGGAUGAAACUCACGAACCUUCCUCCUCAAAACAGACAGAAACACAACCACCUCCAGACCACACUCCUCCUCCCAUAGACCCUAACCCUAUUUCUGAACAUAUCGACCUCAACAAAUUUCUCCCCAAACCUCCAAACCCUGGCAUGGCUCCAGUGGACUCCGCUCUCCAGGACAUCGGCUCAGACCUGCCCCAAACCUGCCCCACUCUCCCUUUGGUCGACUACGAUUUCAGCGCCCCCUUCAGUCCUCUCGAAGGAUUGACUCAAGUUUCGCCCAAACCCAGACUUGCUCCAGGAGUUGAGGCUGGACUCAAUUCCCACAUCAAAUUCGAAGAGAACGUUUCCGAUUUCGUGGCCUCACUUCCAUCUCCGAACGUCCACGGACAUUCCUCGGAUUCUAAUUUCAAAAUCGGCGAGCUUGUCCCUAAUGUGUAUGCUCCAUUGCCGUCUCCAAACAUUCACGGACAUUCCACGGAUUCUCACAUCAAAAUCGGCGAGAACGUGUCCGAUUUCGCGGCUCCUUUCCCCACACCGAACCUCCAUGGCCACUCGUCCGACGCCAACAUCAAAGUUGGAGAGUUUGUGUCCAACGUGACGCUAGCGAUACCACGGCCAAGCCAGCACGGACACGCUUCCGAUAGCGCGCUGUUAUCUGGGUGCACCAUGUCGGGAAGCGAGCCAGUUUUGACGCCGCUACCCGGGAGUAGUUUUGGACAUUCUUCCGAUUCAGCGUUAGGGUUAUGUUGCGUGGUAGCAGGGGUUGACCCAAAACGAACUCCUAUACCUGGAAGUUCUCAUGGUCACUCCUCAGAUUCAAGCUUAGUCACUGGUUGUGUGGUAUCCCAACAAGAAUCAACGCAAUCCCCACUUCCAGGAGGUGGCUUUGGUCACUCUUCAGACUCUGCUUUGAGAAUGGGGUGUGUCGUGACAGGCGUGGAGCCCAAGAAGUCUCCCUUACCUGGAAGUGAGUUCGGACACUCCUCAGACUCAAGUUUAGGUGUUGGUUGUGUUGUUUCUGCAUCGGAGCCGGUCCAGGCCACUCCGGUCCUGACCAGUGCCUUCGGACACUCGUCUGAUUCGUCUCUUAGAGUGGGCUGUGUGGUGAAAAGCAAAGAUGGAGGAGAUCCACAUGCAACAAAAGACAUGGAAGUGUCUUUGUCGGGCUGCGGAGCGGAGCAGGUGGCUGGAGCGGGGGCAGCUGGGGCUCUAUCCCCUGGAGAGGUGUCCGAGCAGCUCUACCUCUCGGCCCUGUCCUCCCACUACCAGGUGGAGCAGUACCAGGACUCCUACAGCACCAUGGGUUUGUGGACAUGUCAUUUAUCUCUGUUUGUGCUGUCAGAUUAA